AUGUCAGGACUUCAGCGUCGACGCGUUAACAGAUCCGAUUCGAACUACUCGCCAGAUGUCAGCAACGAUAACCAAGAAAGCCGGUCUGGCUCGUUAGAAGAGGAGGAAGAAGGUCAAACCCGGAAGGUAGCUUAUGAUCCCGAAGAAGUGAUGCUUAAAAAUAACGUUACGAUUCCAAAACUGACAUUGAUGGAAGAAGUGUUGUUGAUGGGACUAAAGGACAAAGAGGGCUAUCUUUCGUUUUGGAACGAUAACAUUUCUUACGCCCUUCGUGGAUGUAUCUUGAUUGAAUUAGCACUCAGAGGGAAAAUUCAAAUUGUGGACGACCCGGCCAGGAAAAGAUUUGACGUUUCAGAAAGGCUUGUGGAAGUGAUUAAUGGGGCUAAGACUGGCGAAGUGCUGCUUGAUGAGGCGCUGAACUUGAUGAAAAAAGAUGAACCAUUGACAAUAGCGAAUUGGAUCGAUUUGCUGAGCGGUGAGACGUGGAAUUUCAUGAAAAUCAGCUACCAGCUCAAACAGGUGCGUGAGCGUUUGGCCAAAGGCCUCGUUGAUAAAGGCGUUCUGAGAACGGAAAUGAAGAAUUUCUUUCUCUUUGACAUGCCCACACAUCCGGUAGUAGAUAAUAGCUGCAAAGAAUCGAUCAAGCGCAGAAUACUUUCGGUGUUAGUGUCAAGAAGCGUGCAACUCAACUUCAACGAUUAUUUCACCGAAUCGGUAUCAUUUAAACUUAUAAGAACUCUGUCGUUGAUUUGUGGAGGCUACGGUGCCAACGUUUUGGAAAACGUUUUAUCGAGCUUGGACUACGAAAAAAGAGAUCGUGCGUUCACUCGUGCAGACGAAAUUCUGGCUCAAUUCUCGCAAUUUCCAUUUGCUCUCGACAAGCAAACGGAAACGGGUAUUUCCGUCAACCUUAACAAUGACGCACAAGAAGAGGUUGCCGAGUAUCCGGACGCACAACUACAGCUCGAGGUGGUUGCCGGUGUUUUUGAAGUUUUCUCGAGAAUGGACACUUUAUUGUAG